AUUUAAGGGCAUUGUAAUAUUCCCGUAUUAAGACACCCUAAAACCCGAUCCAAGUCAAGGUGUGAAGGCGGCCAGAACGAAGAGGACAAAAGCUGAAAAUGUGGUUGCAGAAUUACUGGAAGAAAAAGUCGUCGUUUUUGGCCCGGGAAAAUCUUGGCUUGGCACCUCUUUGGUCAAAGAUAGAAGGCUUGAGUUGAACAUGGACAUGAUAUUUCUUUGAAUGUGUGUCGGAAAAUUACACUAAAUUUCUGAGUCCCGGAUCUGCCGGGAGUUAUCCAGACCAUCUGCGGGCGUAGUACUUGAUGAAGUAGCGAUACACCCAAAAAUAGCACCAACAAUCUCUCCCCGCCAAUUCUCCCUCCUAAAACUAUGGAGCUCCAUCUUCCAUGCCCUGCACAUCAAUUGUCACAUAUUCCCUCAAAGAAGAUAGACAAAAGAUGCUUUUUCUAUUUGGCUUUUGAGCCCCCCUCCUGGCGGUGGUAUCAGAUUCUCUCCAUUGUCAAUUCUGUCCGAGAUUAUUCAAGAAAACGGUUGCCCAUUUGGCUAUCCAUCGAUUAUCGGAACGGAUGCUGGAAAGGUUUUAGUUUUGAGGAAGGUUUGAACGAGCUUGUCUGCGUUCAAACGAGAGCACCAUUUUUUGGGGAUACAUUCACGAUGAGGGAUUUUGUGUGAUUAUUGGAUGUUUCUCCUUAUGUGCCUGUUUAAUAAUGAUUUGCGUGAUUGAGAUGAGCAGGAUUAGGGCCAACUCCCCCCAAGUUGGAUUCUUGGCGCUGUUGGUUUGGGCUCUUGUUUUAGGUUCAUCACGACCAGUUUUGUGUGUGGAUGAAGAUGAAUAUUCCAAGACCGGUAACCCUAAUGUCCUGCCACUCGUUACGUCUCUCAUCUACAAUCAAUUUUCGAACCUCACCAGGAUAUUCAACAAGGAAAUUACCGAGAGCUUGGGAUAUUGCACUCAGAAUGUGGAUGCUGAUAUAAAUGGGGCAUUCAAAUUCUCCAACAAUUUGGAUUUUCUUAGUGAGUGUGUCAAAGAGAUGAAAGAUGUAACGAAGAGGAUCUGUACAGCAGCUGAGAUGAAGUUCUAUUUUACUGGUUUUAUGGACAAAAAGUCUGGUGAUGCUCAUCACCUAAAACCAAACAUAAACUGUAAUUUAACAUCAUGGGUUCCCGGAUGCGAGCCUGGUUGGUCUUGUAGUGUUCCUCAAAAUGGACAGGUUGACCUAAAAAAUUCCCAAGAUUUUCCUAUAAGGGUGGAGGAUAGUCAACCUUGCUGUGCAGGUUUUUUCUGCCCUCAAGGUCUCACCUGCAUGAUUCCUUGUCCUUUGGGUUCUUAUUGUCCACGAGCAACCCUCAAUGAAACAACUGGGAUAUGCGAACCUUAUACAUAUCAAUUGCCUCCUGGUAAAACAACUCACUCUUGCGGUGCAGCAGAUAAAUGGGCAGGUGUCACUUCUAGUGACGAAAUAUUUUGUACAGCAGGGUCUUAUUGCCCUACCACCACCAAAAAGGUUCAAUGCACCAAAGGACAUUACUGCCUACAGGGAUCUACUGAGCAAAGAGUUUGCUUCAAGUUGAGCACCUGCAAUCCAAAUACAGAUACACAGAACCUGCAUGCAUAUGGAUUUCUGAUCAUUGGUGCAUUGAGCUUGGUAUUGAUAGUGUUCUACAAUUGCUCUGAUCAAGUCCUCACAACUCGCUACGAAAGGCUGGCCAAGUCCAGAGAAAGAGCAGCAAGGAGUGCCCGAGAAACUGCACAGGCAAGACAGAGGUGGAGAAUGGUAAAAGAUGCUGCGAAAAAGGGUGCUUCAGGCUUGCAACAGCCGUUAUCAAGUAGUGUUUCACGUAAAUCUACUGAUGGACUACAUCAACCAAAGGCUCCAGCAAGUGCACCAAUAGUUGGUGUAUCGAAACCAAAGAAGGACGCAGGUAACUUGACUAAGAUGUUACAAAAUCUAGAAAAUAAUGCUGAUGGUCACAAGGGUUUCGACAUGCAAAUUGGAGACAAAAAUCUUAAGAAGCAAAUGCCCCAGUCCAAACAGCUGCACACUAAAAGUCAAAUAUUUAAGUAUGCAUAUGGUCAGCUCGAGAAAGAGAAAGCUUGGGAGCAGAAACAGGACUUGACCUUCUCAGGAGUCAUUCAAUUGGCCACUGACACAGAAAAGAAGACUCGGCCACCGAUUGAGCUUGCUUUUAAAGAUCUUACUAUAACUCUGAGACACAAAAACAAACAUUUGAUGAGGCGUGUGACUGGGAAAUUGUUUCCUGGUCGAAUAUCGGCUGUCAUGGGUCCAUCAGGUGCAGGGAAAACAACAUUUCUUUCUGCAGUGGCAGGGAAGAUAAGGGGUUGUAUCAUAAGAGGCUCAAUUCUCAUAAAUGACAAGCCUGACCCCAUUCAGUGUUACAAUAAAAUUGUAGGUUUUGUACCACAAGAUGAUAUUGUUCAUGGAAACUUGACAGUGGAAGAGAACCUUCGAUUCAGUGCUCGAUGCAGGCUUUCUUCAGACAUGCCCAAGGCUGAUAAGGUUCUUGUCGUUGAAAGAGUUAUUGAUGCUCUUGGACUACAGGCAGUGAGAGAUUCUCUCGUUGGGACAGUAGAAAAGCGAGGCAUUUCUGGAGGCCAGAGAAAAAGAGUUAAUGUGGGGCUGGAAAUGGUCAUGGAACCUUCAUUACUAAUCUUGGAUGAACCAACCUCUGGCUUAGAUAGUUCAUCAUCCAACUUACUCAUUAAAGCUCUUAGACGUGAAGCUCUCGAAGGUGUAAAUGUAUGCAUGGUUGUUCACCAGCCAAGCUAUGCUUUGUACAAGACGUUCGAUGACUUGAUACUUUUAGCCAAAGGUGGACUUACUGUGUACCAUGGACCAGUUAAGAAAGUAGAAGAGUAUUUUUCAUCCUUCGGAAUUAAUGUACCUGAACGUGUCAAUCCUCCGGAUCAUUUCAUUGAUAUACUCGAGGGUAUAUUCAAACCAACUAAUGGUGUGACGGCUGAGCAGCUUCCUGUCCGAUGGAUGCUUCACAAUGGCUACCCUGUCCCUCCAGAUAUGCUUCAUUUUUGUGAUGAAAUUGCAGCUGUCUCUAAAGGUGGAAGUGCUAGUAGUCAUCCAACUCUAGGACCAUCUGUCAGCGAGAGAGAGCAGGAGCAAGAGCAAGACAACCAGGAUAACAAUGACCUUUCACAGCUUACGUUUCUUAAAACCAAUGACUUAUCUAACCGUCAAACGCCUGGUUGGCUUCGACAGUUCAGAUAUUUCCUUGGAAGAAGUGCGAAACAACGGCUACGAGAAGCUAAACUACAAGCAGCUGAUUUCAUGAUCCUUCUACUUGCUGGAGCAUGCUUGGGAACUCUUUCAAAAACACCAGGCGACACAUUCGGCUACUAUGGCUAUAUGUAUGCCGUGAUUGCCGUUUCACUCCUGUGUAAAAUAUCUGCUUUACGAUCAUUUUCGCUGGACAAGCUACACUACCGACGAGAAAGGGACAGUGGGAUGAGCAGCCUGGCGUAUUUCCUGUCCAAGGAUACAGUUGAUAACUUCAGCACUUUGGUGAAGCCUGUGGUGUUUCUUUCUAUGUUCUAUUCUUUCAACAUUCCACGAUCGACGUUCAUGGAGAACUAUGCCGUUCUGCUCUGCCUGGUGUAUUGUGUAACUGGGAUAGCCUAUGUACUCGCCAUCUUCCUCCAGCCUUCUCAAGCCCAACUGUGGUGUGUGCUGCUUCCUGUAGUGAUGACUUUGGUAUCGAAUCAAGGCAGAGACGAUGAGGUUAUAAGAGCUGUAAGCAUCUACUGCUACCCCACCUGGGCCUUGCAAGCAUUUCUCACAGCAAAUGCUCAAAGAUUCUCGGGAGUUUGGCUGAUAACUCGGUGUGCAGAGCUGAAUGAUUUAGGGUACAAUGUUCAUAACUGGACUCUGUGUCUAGUCUCACUCAUAGUCAGUGGCAUACUGUGCAGGAUUCUAGCUUUCGUUUGUUUGAUUCUGUUUGGAAAGAAAUGAUUCUUUUUUGGGUGUUUUUGUGUGGCUGUUUUUUUGCACAGAAAGUAGAGUAGAUUAGCUAAUGGGCACUACCACACUACUACACACCCACGAUUGUUGUAUAGGUAGCUUAGCUUAGCUUAGCUUAGCUAGCUAGUUGGCAUCACUUUUUGGGGGUGGGUAGGCGGGCACACAUUAAAUGCUCUGGUACAGAUAUUCUUGGCUGUUGGCACUCAUCCAUCAUCAGAUCUUUUUUUUUUU